UAACUAGUACCAGUCAUUCCUCACAUCUGGUUUUACAUAAGAUCAGUGGUGUUUGGUGAUGCGCAUCUGAAUUGGAUUAACGCGCGGAGAUAAAGGGCGAUUCUGCGCACUUUGGGCAUUAUGUAAGGAGUCAGGUGUGUGAGAGCAGACAGCCGCAGCCAUGAAGUCAGUGCUGGACGGAGUGGCCGAUACCACCUUCAGGACUAUCACCUCCGGGCUGCAGUACCUGGGCUCUAACGACGCCAACUACGAUGACCCCCUCAACAAUGUGGACUUUAAGAGCUCCUUCUCACUGCAGAAGCCGCUGUCGGCUUUCCGCAGUAACUCUUUUCCAGACAAAGUCCCUGUGGACGAGGACCUCAUUUUAAAAAACAUCCCGUUAUUCCCCACCAAUGCCACAGACCUGUUCAGUAACCGGACUCUGCGGGAGGAUGGCAGUAACAUUCAGUGUGGGGAGAACUUUAUGGACAUGGAGUGCUUCAUGAUCCUCACCCCGAGCCAGCAGUUGGCAGUGGCCGUGUUGUCUUUGACCCUGGGCACCUUCACUGUGCUGGAGAACCUGGUGGUACUGUGUGUCAUCCUCCAGUCUCGCACUCUGCGCUGCAGACCCUCCUACCACUUCAUCGGCAGUCUGGCCAUCGCCGAUCUUCUGGGCAGCAUUAUAUUUGUGUACAGCUUCUUGGACUUUCACAUUUUCCACAGAAAGGACAGCCCUAAUGUGUUUCUAUUCAAGCUGGGCGGAGUCACCGCCUCCUUCACUGCGUCAGUGGGCAGUCUGUUCCUCACUGCCAUAGACCGCUACAUCUCCAUCCACCGCCCCUUGGCCUACAGACGCAUUGUGACGCGCACCAAGGCUGUCAUCGCCUUCUGCAUGAUGUGGACCAUCUCCAUAGUAAUUGCAGUGCUACCUCUGUUUGGCUGGAACUGUAAGCGCCUCAACUCUGUGUGCUCUGACAUCUUCCCCCUCAUCGAUGAGAACUACCUGAUGUUCUGGAUUGGAGUGACCAGUGUGCUGGUUCUCUUCAUCAUCUACGCCUACAUCUUUAUCUUGUGGAAGGCGCACCACCACGCCGUACGCAUGCUGAGCCGUGCGUCUCAGAAGAGCCUGGUGGUGUACUCUGCUGAUGGGACUAAAGUGCAGACCACACGGCCGGAGCAGGCACGCAUGGACAUCCGUCUGGCCAAGACCCUGGUGCUGAUCCUGGUGGUUCUGGUGAUCUGCUGGGGCCCCGUGCUGGCCAUCAUGGUGUAUGACCUGUUCUGGAGGAUGGAUGAUGAUAUCAAGACAGUGUUUGCCUUCUGCAGCAUGCUCUGUCUGCUCAACUCCACAGUCAACCCCAUCAUCUACGCUCUGAGGAGCAAGGACCUGCGCCAUGCCUUCCUCAGCUCGUGCCACAUGUGUCGGGGCAGUGGGCAGCAGCUGGACAACAGUCUGGAGUCAGACUGUCAGAACAGACACAUCUCUGCACACCGCGCCGCCGAGAGCGCCGUCAAGACCACUGUGAAAAUCGCCAAAGUCACUAUCUCUGUGUCCACAGACACCUCCGCCGAGGCCGUGUAGGGCUGCCACUGGAGAAGCUCUGUAAAUGUCACCCAAAACAUCCAACACAAUUAAGGAGAAAAACAUCAUCUCAGCUGACAUGUCACAGACUGGCUCUGGAGGCGGCAGUGGCGUUUGUGUGCCUAAGUGCCAAAUGGUGAAGCAAGGUCAUAGACUCACUACUUUAAUGAGAGGAAUACCAUAAGUGUGUCAUAGACUUUGUGAUACUCACGUAGUGAAGGCAUAUUCUAUUUUUAUACUGUGAAUUCAGGUUUUGAAAACAAAAUAACUUCAUCAAUGGGAUAAGGGGCUACUGAUGUUCUUAAUUCAACUCAGUUUGACUGUGUCAUGUUGACGUCAUGUGUGUCUUGCACCAUAACAAAUCUAGGCCUUGACUUCCGGCUUCAUCUACAUGCUGCAUAUGGACAAUUAUGAAGACUAAACCAUAACUCAUCAUUAUUUGUUUGACAUCAAAUGUCUUUUGUACUUAAAGAACUAACUUAUGACAACACUCAGUGAGUGGCAAA